UCUCACUCGCACAAGUGGACGAAGGUGCCGGGCGCGGGUUGUGGUGGUUGGGGGGGAUCUCGGGCUGGGGCAAAUUCGGACGUGUGUCCGCGCCUCGGAGCGGCAGCAGGCAGUGCCGGGCAGCGAGGCAGCCAUGGAGCUCUUGCGGACUAUCACCUACCAGCCGGCCGCCAGCACCAAGAUGUGCGAGCAGGCGCUGGGCAAGGCUUGCGGAGGGGACUCGAAGAAGAAGCGGCAGCAGCAGCACCCCGAGGAGUCGCAGGCGCUGCAGCCCCAGCUGCAGGUGCAGCCGGCGGCCCCGCACCACCAUCACCACCACUCGCACUCGGGGACCGAGAUCUCGCGGAUUAUUGUCGACCCCACGACGGGGAAGCGUUACUGCCGGGGCAAAGUGCUGGGCAAGGGUGGCUUUGCAAAAUGUUACGAGAUGACAGAUUUGACAAACAACAAAGUCUAUGCUGCAAAAAUUAUUCCUCACAGCAGAGUAGCCAAACCUCAUCAAAGAGAAAAGAUUGACAAAGAAAUAGAGCUUCACAGGAUUCUUCACCAUAAGCAUGUGGUGCAGUUUUAUCAUUACUUUGAGGACAAAGAAAACAUAUACAUUCUCCUGGAGUACUGCAGCAGAAGGUCCAUGGCUCAUAUCUUGAAAGCAAGAAAGGUGUUGACAGAGCCAGAAGUCCGAUACUACCUCAGGCAGAUUGUGUCGGGGCUCAAGUACCUUCAUGAACAAGAAAUCUUGCACAGAGAUCUCAAACUAGGAAACUUUUUUAUCAAUGAAGCCAUGGAGCUAAAAGUUGGAGAUUUUGGUUUGGCAGCCAGGCUGGAACCCUUGGAGCAUAGAAGAAGAACAAUAUGUGGUACCCCAAAUUAUCUCUCUCCUGAAGUUCUCAACAAACAAGGACAUGGCUGUGAAUCAGACAUCUGGGCCUUAGGCUGUGUAAUGUAUACAAUGUUAUUAGGAAGACCCCCAUUUGAAACUACAAAUCUGAAAGAAACAUAUAGAUGUAUAAGAGAAGCAAGGUAUACAAUACCAUCUUCCUUGCUAGCUCCUGCAAAGCACUUAAUAGCUAGCAUGUUGUCCAAAAAUCCAGAAGAUCGUCCUAGUUUGGAUGACAUCAUUCGACAUGACUUUUUUUUGCAGGGCUUCACUCCAGACAGACUUUCUUCUAGCUGUUGUCAUACAGUUCCAGAUUUCCAUUUGUCAAGCCCAGCUAAGAACUUCUUUAAGAAAGCUGCUGCUGCUCUUUUCGGAGGCAAAAAAGACAAAGCCAGAUAUAUUGAUACACAUAAUAGAGUGUCUAAAGAAGAUGAAGAAAUUUAUAAGCUUAGGCAUGAUUUGAAAAAGACUUCAAUAACUCAGCAACCCAACAAACAUAGGACAGAUGAGGAGCUCCAGCUGCCUACCACUGCAGUCGCCAGAUCUGGAACACCCGCAGUAGAAAACAAGCAGCAGAUUGGGGAUGCUAUUCGCAUGAUAGUCAGAGGGACCCUUGGCAGCUGCAGCAGUAGCAGUGAAUGCCUUGAGGACAGUACCAUGGGGAGUGUUGCAGAUACAGUGGCCAGGGUUCUUCGAGGAUGUCUGGAAAACAUGCCAGAAGCUGACAGCAUUCCCAAAGAGCAGCUGAGUACCUCGUUUCAGUGGGUCACCAAAUGGGUUGAUUACUCCAACAAGUACGGCUUCGGGUAUCAGCUUUCAGACCAUACAGUCGGUGUCCUUUUCAACAAUGGUGCUCACAUGAGUCUCCUUCCAGAUAAAAAGACAGUUCACUAUUACGCAGAGCUUGGCCAGUGCUCUGUUUUCCCAGCAACAGAUGCCCCUGAACAAUUCAUUAGUCAAGUGACGGUGCUGAAGUACUUUUCUCAUUACAUGGAGGAAAACCUCAUGGAUGGUGGAGAUCUGCCUAGUGUUACUGAUAUUCGAAGACCUCGGCUCUACCUCCUUCAGUGGCUCAAAUCUGACAAAGCCUUAAUGAUGCUCUUCAACGAUGGCACCUUUCAGGUGAAUUUCUACCAUGAUCAUACAAAAAUCAUCAUCUGUAGCCAAAGUGAAGAAUACCUCCUCACUUAUAUUAAUGAGGAUAGGAUAUCGACGACGUUCAGACUGACAACCCUGCUGAUGUCUGGCUGUUCGUUAGAAUUAAAAAAUCGUAUGGAAUAUGCUCUGAACAUGCUCUUACAGAGAUGUAAUUAAAGAACUUUUUGAAUGGACCCUAUGGGACUCCUCUUUUCCACUGUGAGAUCUACAGGGAAGCCAGUAGAGUGAUCUACAGCAUGUUGAAGAAGAUGGACAGGUGGUGGUACGAAAACAACGCCUCUGUGGCCUGCUGGACUGAGUGGGACCAGAGCAGGCUGAAGCAUACAAUUCUUGACUUUGGACUAAUCCAAGCGUGAACCAGGAUGCAGUUUUUCUCAAUAUACCUGCUUUUAAAAGGUUGUUCAGACAGUUUUGCUGAAAGAUGCAUUGACUCUUCUCUCUGAAGAGAGCAUUUCAGACAGAGGACUUGGAACUGUGAAUAUACUUCCUGAAGGGGAGGGAGAAGGGAGGAAGCUCCCACGUUGUUUAAAGGCUGUAAUUGGAGCAGCUUUUGGCUGCUUAACUGUGAACUAUGGCCAUAUAUAAUUUUUUUUUUUUUAGUUAAUUUUUGAAGACAUUAGUGGCUGGAAAAGUGCAUUCCUUGUUAAUAAACUUUUUAUUUAUUACAGCCCAAAGAGCAGUAUUUAUUAUCAAAACUUUUUUUUUUUUAUGUUGACCAUUUAAAACUGUUGGCAAUAAAGAGUAUGGAAAAGCAGAAACCGCUCUCCUGUGUUCAGUGUGGUGUAUCACUGUAUCACAGCACUUCUAAUAAUGGGUUCUUGGCUCUGUUUUGGCAUGGCAAGUGUACAGAAGGACAUGGACAAAGAUCUUUAAUUUUUCUAAUCAUAAUUGAUGAGAAGUUCAAUCAUAAACUUCUGGGUAUAUCUAGCUUGAAAAGACUAACAAAAAUACCACUCUUCCUGCAACCAAAAUAUAGGCUUCCUACUAAAUUGAAAACCAAUGGCUCUCCGGAGUCUUCCCUCAAAAAUAAUUUAGCUUGGAGCUGAAAACUGGAGUAAUCCUGUAGAAACAAAAAUCCAAAAACCAAAGUCAUUGCCAUUGAGUCGAUUCCACCUCAUGGCAAUCCCCAUGUGUUACAGAGUAGAAGUGCUCCAUAGGGUUUUCUUGAUGAUAAUCUUCAUGAAGUAGAUUGCCAGACCUUUCUUCCAUGGUGCCACUGGGUGGGUUCAAACUGCCAACCUUUAGGCUAGUAGAUGAGUAUACGCCAUUUGUGCCACCCAGGAAUUGAAAGCUGGAAUAAUCCUGCGUAAACAGAUCUCUGUUUGUAAGUGUAAAUCAGCACAGGAAGUUUAUCUUCAUAUGGGCAGAACUCUGCAUUAUAACCCUUGCACCACCUAAAUGUGUUACUCAGCUUGAACCUGCCUAAACACUUCUAGUGCUGCUGGCAGUACUAGCACACAAUUGCAGUAGUGGGGAGUACUUUGAAACAAGUCAUUUUCCUUUCCUCUAGUGCAUGGUGGUUGAGACGUGGUGUGGGAACAAAGAUACGCUUUUAGGCUAUCAGAUUAUUCAAGAGGCAAGUCUGAGAAGAGGUUUUCUUUUCCAGAGGGAUCUACUCUUUGACAACUGUAAAGAAAAGCUGCUCAUCCUGUUACUCUGAAAUUACAGAGUUACCUGCAAUAGAUGCAAAUAAUUUUUUUUGUUAAACUCUAACCCCACUGUAAGGAAAAUACGGUACUAGGAAAGGAGCCCUUGAGUUCAGUAGGCUCUGUAUACACUGUAUGGUACAGUGUAGGGACGGGGAUUGUACUUUAAACUCUGAGCCUGGUGUAUUUUAUAAAUAAAGGCCAAAGUUGGGAAAUUUAUUGUGCAUAUUUCACAGGUCCUAGGUUAACUCCUACUGGCUGGAGUUCUCUGGCCAUGUAUAUAACCUCAGUCUUUGUUAAAUAGCUUAUAGUAAUAGCUCAAAAAAAAAAAAAAAAGUAAUUGCACUGUAAUAGCUGGGUGUGCAGAAGUAGAAUCUAUUUUUAUUCUU